AUGGUGCGCGUGAGGUCUUACGCGUACGCAAACCUGACCGUUGAUGAGGCGACUACGAAACUUGUCGUCCUCGGCUCCGGCUACAAGAAGUACGCUGCCCCGUCCCAAGCCGGUGAGCCAGCUCGUGCUCGGCGAGUGCGCGUGUUCGCACUGGAAUUCGGUCUGCUGGCUCUCGUGCGGUUGAGGUGGCGCGACCCGCGGCUCAACCUGACCUUCUUCAGGAAGAACAGCUUUGUGGCGCUGCCUUCAUACCUAGAGCACGAGAUCUGGACUCCACGGCUGACCUUUCUGGACGUCAGCGAGGUGCGUCUGUUGGCUGCGACAGCUGAUGACGCCUCGCGCGUCACUCGCAUCCAUGAGGACGGCACCAUUGCGGACACACGCAGGUAUGUGUUCAGAGUGUCCUGUGCCGUAAACCUGGACCUAUACCCUCUGGACACACAGCGUUGUCCGUUCAGAAUCAAGUUGCAACGCCACACCGAGGCCACGGCACAGCUGCAAUGGAUCAGCGUGUUCAAGACUGGCGAGCAAGACGUGUUGUGGUUGCGCGGAGCGCGCUUGCUCACCAUCACGCUGAGCACGAGCGAACAAACGCUUGAAUCAAUCGCAGGAGCUCCAACGCGCUGGUCUUUGCCAGUCCGGUCACAUGUCGAGUGGCUUCCAAACUCUUGGGAGGCUGAAAAAGAUGCCAUCGAACUCGCCAUCGAACUCUUUCCAACGCCUAGGCUAGGGGAGCCCACCUAG